CACCGCAGCAUCAGCUGCCGAUUACUCUGCCAGUCUCGAGUUACGACCCGGCUGCCCACACGCCCAGCACCUCUUUCUUAGCCGCCGGCUUCAGAGGAUUUGCCAACGAGAUCACACCCUCGUUUGCUAACAGCGUAGAUGGAUCAGGAGGACCCACCCUAACCCACAAACUGAAUGCUAUUGAGCAACACCGCUCAUCGUGGGGAGGGUUUGCGCUCAACCAGGGAUUCUCGCCCGUAGAUGGCUACAGCGGACCUGUGGUCUAUGACAGCGAGG